AUGCUCUUCACCUUUGUGGCGAGCUACUGGCUGGACUCGGGCAUGGAAAACUGCUUCAUCGCCCUCGGCGUCCUCAGCUUCGUCAUCAUGGGUUUGAGCCUGCCGAUGAUUAUGUUCGGCAAGAGAUCGCGCCGGUGGGCCAAGGAUAGAUAUCUGCGAUUUGUUGAUAUCCGUGACGGCUUUUCCAAGUAA